CGGGCGCCAUUCGGUCACGGGCGGGAACUCGGUUCAUGUCCGCUCUGUUCCGUGCCGGCCCACGCGAGUAACCACCGCGCGGCCACUGCCACUGGCCACUAUAUAGCUCAGGGGGCGCCGUGCUGGCUCGGCACCAGCUCGGAAGCCCGUAGCUAGCAGCUAGUAGCUCUACUACCUCGAUCGAGCUCAUUCCUUCCCCGAGUCGAGGGAGUAGAGAUAGAUACGCGCAGAGGAGGCUGUCCAUGGAGGCGUCGGCCGUGAUGUCGUUGCGGCGGGCGGCGGCCGUGGCGUGCGUGCUCGCGCUGGCGCUCGGCGCGGCGGCGCAGCUCACGCCGACGUUCUACGACGGGAGCUGCCCGAGGCUGCAGUCCAUCGUGCGCUCCGGGAUGGCCGCCGCCGUGCAGCAGGAGCCGCGGAUGGGGGCCUCCCUCCUCCGCCUCUUCUUCCACGACUGCUUCGUCCAGGGGUGCGACGCGUCGGUGCUGCUGGACGACUCGCCGACGCUGACGGGGGAGAAGAACGCCGGGCCCAACGCCAACUCCCUCCGCGGCUACGAGGUCAUCGACUCCAUCAAGGCGCAGGUCGAGGCCGCCUGCCCCGGCGUCGUCUCCUGCGCCGACAUCCUCGCCCUCGCCGCCCGCGACGGCGUCAACCUGCUGAGCGGUCCGACGUGGGCGGUGCCGCUGGGCCGGCGCGACACGCGCACGGCGAGCCAGGCGGCGGCGAGCAGCAACCUGCCCUCCCCGUCGUCGAGCGCGGCGGCGCUGGUGUCGGCGUUCGCGUCCAAGGGCCUGGACGCGCGCGACCUGGUGGCGCUCUCGGGCGCGCACACCGUGGGGUCGGCGCGCUGCGCGAGCUUCCGCUCCCGCGUCUACAACGACACCAACAUCAACGCCGGGUUCGCGGCGAAGCGGCGGCAGAUCUGCCAGCCGCAGGGCGGCGCCACCGACGGCAACCUGGCGCCGCUCGACGCGCUCAGCCCCGUCCGCUUCGACAACGGCUACUUCCGCAACGUCGUCGCCCAGUUCGGCCUGCUCCACUCCGACCAGGAGCUCUUCGGCGGCGGCCAGGUGGACGGCGUCACGGCGCAGUACGCGCGCAACGGUGCCGCCUUCGCGCGGGACUUCGCCGCGGCCAUGGUCAAGAUGGGGAACAUCAGCCCGCUCACGGGGUCCAGCGGCGAGAUCCGGGCCAACUGCCGGAAGCCCAACUAACAAUAAUCAGCCGCGCCCCGCCGCCGCCGGCCGGCCGGCCGGCCUUGAGAUGCGUGCGGGACGGAGAAGGGACGGCGCGGAUGGGCGGGGCCGAUCGACAUGGCCAGCUAAGAGGAGUGCGGCUUUUGCGCGUGGGGAAGUGUGGAGUGCGUUCGAAGGGAGCGGCGGCGGCUGGCCGGAGACGGCGAUGAUUGAGGUGGGGCGGAUUUGGAGGGUGGAGCGGCGCUGUCAAGGGGGGAGGAGGAGGGAGACGAGAGGUGGGGCCCAGCGUGCCGUGACACAUCGAUCACGCGCUGCAGUGCAUGGCUGCAUGCAUGGCUGGCCACUGCGGCUGCUUUUGGUUUGGUUGCAUUCUUUCCUUGUACCAUACCGAUUCGAUUCAUGAUUAUUUUUCAGGGAGGGGACACGAAUAAGAACGUAUAUAUAUAAAAAUGUGCUUUAUUUCUUUUCCAAGCAAUUUAGAAAAAAAAUGCUACGUGUUGAUGAUGUGAGAUAUAAUAAUGUACAGACUACAGAGAUGUUUU